AUGAUCACUAGACAAUAUCGUCGAUUUCGUCGAUUUAAUGAUCCGUACGACGAUUUUUUUGGCCGCAACUUAGAUUUAUUUGAUCCUUGUCGUGAUUUUGAUCGUUUCCCAUCAUUAACAAUGCCAUCAUCAUUUCGUUGGAUUAAUGAACCAAGACGGCAACAAUCAUCAUUUCAACAAAAUGCACAACCGGCAUCAGUUAUGUCAUCUCCUGUACAGUCAGAGAAGUUUCGUGUGCAGCUGAAUGUAGCUGGAUUUAGUCCUGAGACAAUACAAACAAAAGUUGACGGUAGUAAAAUAAUUGUGCAAGCAAAACAAGAGGAUCGUGAUGGUGAUGAUUAUCAUGUUCGUGAAUUAAGAAAAAGCUAUGAUUUACCUGAACAUGCUGAUAUCAGUAAUAUUGUAUCCUACGUUGCACCAAAUAAUAUGCUGGUUGUUGAAGUUCCUGUGCGUAAUCCAGAGGUCGAACGGCGCAUGUCAGAAUCUGCCAGUGAUGAUCAUGAAUUCCCUGAAUUUGGUCAAUUCAGAGAUCCGCUAUUCGACUAUAAUAAAUUUGGUGCAAGUGCAUUCAGUCCAAGAAUUGUUGAUGUUGGAAAUAGCCAGAAACAACUUCAAAUGUCAUUGGCGAUGCGAGAUUUGAUGCCAUUCAGCUAG